AUGGGCGUGUACACUAAGCUCGCCGAGAACAUCGAUGAGGUUGACAUUAUCAUUGCCGGAGGUGGUGCGGCGGCAUGUGUCGUCGCUGGGCGUCUAGCAGAAGCCGACCCUGGGCUGUCGAUCCUAGUCAUCGAAGGAGGCCCGGACAACCGUGGCGUCCAGAACAUUGAGAAUCCUGUCUUCUUCUUGGACCACCUGUUGCCCACUAGCAAGACGACCAUAUUCUACAAGGGUAACAAAGCAGAGCAACUUGCGGGCCGCGAGGCCAUUGUCGCCUGCGGUGGAACUCUUGGCGGCGGCUCGUCGAUUAAUUUCAUGAUGUAUACGCGUGGCCAACGUUCGGACUUUGACUCUUGGAACACGCCCGGGUGGUCCUCCGACGAUCUUGUCCCUUUCUUGAAAAAGAUCGAGACAUUCCAUGGACAAACCAACCCCGAAGUCCACGGCUCUGACGGACCUGUCCACAUCAGCAGCGGUACAUUUCGCUCCACCAACUCGGAAAGCGACUUUAUCCAAGCCGCGUCCCAGGUUGGCUGGCCUGAACUCGAUGAUCUGCAGGCGCUGGACGCCAACAACGGUUUCCAGCGUUGGUACCGCUCUGUUUCACCCGAGGGCAAGCGACAAGACGCUGCGACGGCAUAUCUUCACGCCAAGCUAAAUGGAGACAAGUACCCCAACCUCCAUGUCCUCGUCGAGUCAAAGGUCGUCCGCGUGCUCCUUGAUGGCGAGAAGCGGGCUGUUGGCGUCGAGUACACCCCCAACCCCGCCUUCCAAGUCGAGACAGGUAUCACUCAACACCCAAAGCUGACUGUUAAGGCUCGCAAGCUUGUGGUAGUCUCUUGUGGUGCUUUGGGCACGCCGCUUGUCCUGGAAAGGUCAGGUCUCGGCGAUCCCAAGAUCCUCGAAAAGGCAGAUGUCCCCGUCCAGGUCGACCUCCCUGGAGUCGGACACAGCUAUGAAGACCAUCACCUCGUUCUCUACCCAUACCAGACCAACCUUCAGCCCCAUGAGACAAUUGAUAGGGUCCUCAGGAACCCGGAUAAACGCCAAGAGUUGAUUGACUCCAAGGAUCCAGUCUUAGGCUGGAACUCCAUUGACGUUUCGUCCAAGCUCCGGCCCUCAGAUGCUGACGUCGCUGCUCUUGGACCUGAAUUCCAGAGGUCGUGGGACAGGGACUUCAAGAACACCCCUGACCGACCCAUCAUGCUAAUGGGACUUGUGUCAUGUUUCUUGGGAGACCCGUCAGCGGUCCCGGAGGGUCAGUAUGUCACUGUUGGCAACUACACCGCCUACCCCUACUCGCGUGGUCAUAUACACAUCACAGGUUCUGGAGUCAACGAUCCGAUAGACUUCGACGUGGGAUUCCUCAGCGAUGAAAAUGAUAUCGACCUCAAGAAGCAAGUUUGGGCGUACAAGAAGUCCCGCGAAAUCAUGCGGCGUACCGCAAUGUAUCGUGGUGAGCUUGCUAUCGGCCAUCCAACAUGGCCCGCUGGCUCAAAGGCCGCAUCUGUUGACCUUGAGGGGCCUCUUAGCAACGUCAAGGAUGUGCAGUACUCAGCCGAAGACGACAAGGCUAUCGAGCAGUGGAUCCGCGAGCAUGUGGAAACUACCUGGCACUCAAUCGCCACGUGUAAGAUGGCUCCUCGUGAAAAGAAUGGUGCCGUAGACGAACGCCUGAAUGUCUGGGGCACCACGGGUCUGAAGCUGGCCGACUUGAGCAUUGCACCUGGAAAUGUCGGAGGAAACACGAAUAACACGGCUAUGCUGAUUGGUGAGAAGGCCGCAGAUAUUAUCAUCAAGGAUCUUGGUCUUUGAUUGCACACCUGGGGGGAAAAAAAGAGUCCCGGCAAUGCUAGAGACUGUAUAACUGAAUACACUUGAUGCCCAUCUUAUGUUAUCCGAAAGCGCCGCGAAUAAACUGCACAUAGAGACUUGUUGAAAGGACCACCCGAGGAUAAAGUGACAAAAGCUGCUCACUUUCAAAAGCGAGGGCAAAAAGGAAAUAUUCAGGUCCGAGCGUGGAUCGAACACGCGACCUAGGGAUCUGCAAUCCCUCGCUCGUACCACUGAGCU